CCAUGCUUUGUCGAACAAUUAGUGCGAGAGAGAAACCGACAUGUUAUUUCGAAACAUUUGUCCUUUUUUGAGCAUCCUCAAACGCUUAGAUAGGCAGAGGAACUAAGAACCACGCCCACCUUACGAUCAGUAUAAGAGGCAGUAGAAAACUAUAACGGGCAACUUCUCCAUAAGCUGCUGAACGAUGGCCAACGGCACUGGGAAUGGACGAAUGGAAAAGCAAACCGAUCACAGUAUCGCCUGUGCCACGGAAAAUGACGACAACCAACCGAAAGAAGGCAUCCCUUUGUCCAGGAAACUGUGCUAUGCCAUUGGAGGAAUGCCUUAUCAAAUGACUGCAAACGCCAAGGGCUUUUUCAUGCAGAUCUUUUUACUGGAUGUUGUGAAAAUGGGAGCAUUUUAUGCAUCCCUCAUUCUCUUCCUCGGUCGAGCCUGGGAUGCUGUUACAGAUCCUCUUAUUGGAUAUGCUGUGAGCAAAAGUGGCCGGACCAGAAUUGGCAAACUCAUUCCUUGGAUUGUGUUCACCAUGCCGCUCGGGAUCCUGUCAUACAUCAUGCUCUGGUAUACCCCACAGGACACCAUGUCCCCUGCCUUCAGUUUCAGCUGGUACUUCAUAUGGUGUUGUUUGUUUGACACCUUUAUGAGUUGCUACCAUGUGCCAUAUUCCUCCCUAAACAUGUUUCUUGGGGGAAAUCAGAAGGAUCGAGACUCAGCUACUGGAUACAGAAUGGGCAUGGAAGUGUUCGCCACACUGGCAGGAGCCACCAUUCAGGGGCAGAUAGUCGGGGUUCACCAUGCCAAGAGAACACACGAUUGCAGUUUACAGAACAGCACGCAAGAGCUUUCCGGAAACUACACUGGCCCACUGGAUGGCAUUUCUGACACUUUACAAAAUACAAGAAGAGCCUAUUUGACUGGCGCACUUGUGUUAGGAAUGCUGUACUUUCUGUGCUGCCUCAUACUUUUUCUUGGAGUGAAGGAACAGUUGGCGCCUCUGAGUAACCUGGACCGCAUAAAUGUCCCCUAUCUAACCGGAAUGAAGAUGGUUGUGGGACACACUCCAUAUGUGCGGCUUGUGUUUGGCUUCCUCUUUUCUUCGCUAGCCUUUCAGAUGGCUCAGGGGAAUUUUGCCCUCUUCUGUACUCAUGCAGCAAAUAUGGGAGGAUAUUUCCAGCAUCUUGUUCUUAUAUUACUGACAUCAGCGACAAUAUCCAUCCCAAUGUGGCAGACAAUAUUAGUCAAAAUAGGAAAGAAGACCACCAUAUUCAUCGGCCUUUCAGUUUAUAUCCCAGCUCUAACUGUAAUAUCUCUAGUGAACAGUAAUUUACCCGUCUUCAUUAUUAUGUCGGUGAUAUCUGGCACAAGUCUGGCAGCCCUCUAUCUACUCCCUUGGUCGAUGCUGCCAGAUGUAGUGGAUGACUUUAAAGUCAAGAACCCGUUGUGCCAGGAUCUAGAGCCACUGUUCUACUCCUGCUAUGUGUUCUUUAACAAAUUCGGAGGAGGAUUGUCUGUUGGAGUGUCCACCUUGGUACUACACUUUGUAGGAUACAAGCCUGGAGCUUGUAAACACAAUGAAAAGGUCAUUUACGCACUCCGGAUUCUCUUUGCCCCUGUGCCCAUCUGCCUGAUUCUCAUUGGCAUGGUGCUUUUUUACUUCUAUCCCAUCAAUGAAGAGCGACGGCGGAAAAUCCAGGAAGCUUUAAGCAAAGCAGGGACAGAGAACGGCUUGAAAGGAGAAGAAGAAAUAAUUCUAUGAAGAAAUCAGUGACUGUCUCUACUUUUGUAACUUUGUAGCAGCUAUUGAUCAUGAACAUGCUUUGCUUCAUCUCAGUGUAAAGGUUUUGGGAUUUUUUUAAAGUCCUGCUCAAGGGGACCCCGACUCUUUUUAAAAGUCUCACUAAUCUUACAGACUCAUUUCCGGGCAUGGAGAUCUCUUCUAAUGAGCUGACAAGAUGAAUAAAAAGACAUUCAAGCCAUACAGUGCUGCAAGGCACUCAGGACAAUUUAAAAACAUUAGUGUGCUUAAAGGUGCAGUGUGUAUUUCUUCACCAUAUCCAGACAAAUAGAUUGAUGUGAGUGUAAACAGCACUUAUAUUUAACAGUUGACAGUUUAAUGACACAAUGAUUACUAGAUUACUAGAGUUACUAGAUUACUACAGUUCAGAUGCAAAAACUUAUUGCCAUCUGUAAUGUUCCUAUAAAGUUUUUGUUUUUCUCCUCC